UAUGCCUUACUGCAUUCGGACCUAGCCCUUCCUUACAUUAUUCAUUACAUAUAAAUGGGUAUGCAUAAUUAUUUACUGGCAAACGAUAAUGAAUAUGGAGGUUAGGAGGUUAUUAGAAUUAAACAUGUUACUGGUUCUAAUUUUGAUUUUAAAUGAAGUUUUUACAUUUCCACAUGGUUUAUCAGAGCGAAAAAGAUCAAAUUUUAGUGACAACAAGUUUUCAAUGAAUCAAAAUAGUAACCCUUGCAAAUUGAACGCGUGCGAGAUUAUGAAUUACCUUUCUAAACAAUUUUUGGUGGCUGAAGCAUUCAUUGAUAGUGAUUUUGAAAAAUUGUUAAAAGUUGCUUCAACGGAUUCAUUACCUGUAAUUCUUGCAAUGGUAAAUCGAGUGCGCCAGAUUGAAAAUAGGUUAAGAUCAAUAGAGCAACCAGUCUGGCGUCUAGUUUCAGCAAGUCAAAAAGAGUGGAGCCGUUGCACUUCAGGAGUUUGUCGCUGUUCUCCCGAAACUAAAAGGUUUACAUGCUGGAACACAAAUUUUAUAUCAUUACCUGUUUCACAAGUGAUACCUAUGAAUAUGGAAUCAAUGUUCUUUUGCCUAGUGUUGCUACCGUACAUAAAUAUUGAAUUCCUAUUAAUGAUAUAUGGCUUAAUCUCUUCUUGCUUAUAUGUAUGUCUUUAUCUUGAUCUUUCAAGGAACUAUUUUUCAACUUUACAUAAAGACACUUUUCGUGGUUUAACACUGUUGAAAGAACUGGACCUUUCGAAUAACAUUCUAAACUUUAUUCCAGCGAAUCUCUUUGAAGAUUUAGAUAGUCUAUUACAACUGCGACUUCAAAACAACCACCUGGAGAACUUGGAUGCAGUAAUAUUUUGGAAGCUUCGUAACUUAAAUUUAUUAGACAUUAGCAAAAACCUGUUAUCCGAUUUGCCAACAAACUUAUUCGGUCAUACCCAACGUCUAAUUGUCAUUAAUUUAAGUCAAAAUAGAAUACAACAUUUUUCACCGGAAUUACUUCAGGAUCAAAUUGUGUUAGAGGACUUAGAUAUGUCUCGGAAUGAGAUUACGAAAUUACAAACUGGAAGUCUAAAACAUUUAAAAACUCUUCAAAUUGUCGACUUCUCCUUUAACUUUAUUUCAAGCAUUUCGGAUAACUACUUUUCGGGCCUAUGGAACCUACGGAGCUUAAUUCUGAAUAACAAUCGAAUUUCAUGGGUGUCCAAAGAAUUAUUAAACAAUUUGACAUGCUUAAUUACUUUGGAUUUAAGUACAAACCGAAUUUCGAUGAUUGAUGGAAAUGCGUUCUCCGAGCUAACAAAUAUGCGGGAACUUUUGUUAGGGCAAAACUAUCUUUCUGAUAUACCCGAUGGUCUGUUUAACAAUGUGAAUUCACUAAUAAGUCUUAAUUUAUUUUCCAAUAAUCUUACUACAAUUGAGUCAAAUGAUUUUCAAGGGUUACUUAAUUUAGAAAAGCUGAUGUUAAACAACAACAUACUAAAAAAGAUUGAAGAUAAUGUUUUCACGCCUAUGGGAAAGUUGGAAAAACUACGAAUUGACUCAAAUAAGUUGCAAUAUUUACAAAAUGGGGCACUCAGCAGUUUGAAAAAAUUAGUGUCUGUCAAAUUGGACAAGAAUCCUUGGCAUUGUGAUUGCCAUGCUUUGUAUUUAGCGCGAUGGAUACGGGAGUUCUCUCAAAAAUUAUGGGAUGGCCAAAUGGCGGUAUGUCGUGGACCUGGCAGCCUUGGUGGACACGAAGUUGGUUUACUUCGAUAUGAUGACCUUUGCGAAGGGCAGUGGGCCAGUAUGUUGUCAUUAUCUCCCAGACUUCCCUUAAGAAAGCAUCGUGUUAUAACUCAUAUGAACUACACAACAUAUUUCAAUUUAUACUUGAAACAUAUAUAUACGACUACACCCAUGGGUGAUUAGAAUUAUUUUCAUUGUAGUAUUUAAGUCAGGGUGAAUACGUUUAACAUAUAUGCAUAUUGCGUGGACACGAAGUUGGUUUACUUCGAUAUGAUGACCUUUGCGAAGGGCAGUGGGCCAGUAUGUUGUCAUUAUCUCCCAGACUUCCCUUAAGAAAGCAUCGCGUUAUAACUCAUAUGAACUACACAACAUAUUUCAAUUUAUACUUGAAACAUAUAUAUACGACUACACCCAUGGGUGAUUAGAAUUAUUUUCAUUGUGGUAUUUAAGUCAGGGUGAUUACGUUUAACAUAUAUGCAUAUUGCGUUAGUUCUCUUGGUACGAGUAUAAUAAAACAUAUUUAAAUAUAUAAACAUUAAUGUCA